AUGGUAGUGCAGAAUACGUCAGUUCCUUCUGUCCACAUAGCGAAUCUCUCAGAACGAGGAAAUAAUAUUAAGGCAAUGACGUAUAAAAACAAGCUGACUGUUUGCUUUGAUGACAUACUAAAAGUUGGGGCAGAAAUGAUGAUGCAACAGCAGUUAAAAAACGUUCAAUUGGACUCCUAUCUUGUCAAUGGUUUCAAUCAAUCUCAGCAAAGAUUAUUGAAAGAAAAAGUUAAAUUAUUUCAUGGAAUUUUAGAUGAUCUAGAGACUUCUUUGAGUCAGAGCUCUUCAUAUUUGGAAACUCUUACUGAACUUGGAAAAGAAAAGGAAAAAGAAAGAGAAGAAGCUGAGAAAAAGAGGGCAGAAGAAGAGAAUUUGAGAAAGGCCAAAGAACAACAGGAAUUGAAAAAACGGCAAGAAUUAGAAGAAGUUUCCCAACAGCAGCAGCAGGAGCAAAACUCAAAAGAGAAGAAUGGUCUUGGCCUAAACUUUUCCACAGAAACACCUGCGGACAAGAUAGAUGCCAGCGGGUCCACACAGAAUGAUCAGGAGCCAGGAUCACUCCAACCAUCUAACCAAACACCAAUUGGGAACACAAAUGCAACCAGUAAUAGUGCUACAUUCCCUCCCUUAGCGACCACUCAAAGCCAACUUCAGCAGGGCCAACCUUCAGAUGCGAUGUUUAAUGACUUAAAUUCCAUGGACAUUUCGAUGUUUUCAGGACUUGAAAAUAGUGGUUUUGACUCAACAGCCUUUAACGCAACAGUAGACGGGACGAAAGGAUUUGAUGAUAAUGACUUAGGUAGCAACUAUAAUGACAUGAAUAUUUCCUCUAUUGACACCACCAACACAAAUACUACUACUAAUGAUAUCAAGAAUAGUAACGAUAACAAUAACAACGACGGCAACGACGACCACGAUGAGAACGACGACGACGAUGACAACGAAGACGACAACGAAAACGGCAAUGAUGACAACGGCAAUAACCAUGACAACAAAAACAGCAGCAGCAACGAAAACAGUAACAGGAACAACAAUAGUAGCGAUAGUAACAAUGACAAUAACGGCGAAAACAGUAACAACGAUAACAACGACGGGAACAACAAUAGUAACAACAAAGAAAAAACCAGAAGUAGCGGCACUAAUAAUAACAACAUAAUCAAUAGUGAUCUACAAACGACUAUUGUUUCAAAUACUGGAGACAACCCUCCUACUGCUGAUAACGGUGAAGAAUACUUGACAUUAAACGAUUUCAACGACCUCAAUAUCGACUGGUCCACCACUGGAGAUAAUGGUGAAUUAGACCUCAGUGGCUUCAAUAUAUAA